CAGGCUGCAGAGGGAUAGAGUUGGUAGAACAGAAUUCGCCUUUAAUCGAUUUGACAGCUAAUGCAAUGAACAGGAGUUUGAUCGGUUCUCUCUACACUAUUUCUACAUAUUAUGAAACGCUACAAUGGCAAUGGUGGAUCUCUUGCAUACUUCACGUUAUUCAAGCUGGCUACUAUCCUGUUCUUGCUCUCGUUGGAGUUCCAAGUAACCUACUGACUAUUGCCAUCCUAUCCCGGAACAACUGCGGUCUCUCCAAGAGUGUGACAUGCUAUCUCCUGGCCAUGACAGUGGCAGAUCUGUUGGUAAUUGUCUUCGACCUGAUAUUGAGACACAUUCCAAUUGUUCACGCUGAGCAUUUCCGUUUCCUGUACUAUGUACCCACGUGCAACAUUCACGCAAUCCUGCUUUACGCUUCCACUGACUGUUCUGUCUGGUUCACUGUCACUUUCACUUUUGAUCGCUUUGUGGCAAUUUCUUCCCAGACACUGAAAAGUAAAUAUUGCACCAGGAAAACUGCAGCAGUGGUUCUGGGAACAGUGUCUCUGCUGAGCUUUUCAAAGAAUAUCACCCAAUAUUUCUUGUUAACAGGUAGAUACAUUUUAGUGAACGCUCCAUGGUUUUGUGGUGUAUCAUUUGCUGUUCAGUAUUCUCUUGUUUGGAUGACAGUCGAUAUUCUCAAUUACGUUCUCACACCCUGCGCCCCAUUUGUCCUAAUUCUGCUGCUCAACGUUAUGACGGUGAGACAGAUUUUAAUGACAAGCAAAGUACGCAAGAGACUUCGAGCUCACAAAAAUUUGGAAAAUGCAGAAGACUCAGAGUUAGACAACCGGAGGAAAUCUAUCAUUUUACUGCUGCUUAUAUCAGUGAACUUCAUACUGUUAUGGGCAGUAUUAAUUACAUUUUCUAUGUGGAGACGUGUGUGUUUCCUUUUGAAUCUGAUUGUCACUCAUGAGUACUUUAUCCAGGAUUUGGGCUUCAUGCUUCAGCUCCUCAGUUGUUGCACAAAUACUUAUAUUUAUGCUGUGACACAGACAAAGUUCAGAGAAGCGUUGAGGAAACUUCUUUCACAUUUAUUUUUCCCAUUUAUUAAACACAUUAAAUAGAGCGAAUAACAGAAUUACUGAAAAAUAAAGUGUCUCUGCGAUUGUUUUGCCUUUAUUGCCUAAUCUGCUUCUGGAGUGAGUGGCAUUUAGGUGUGCAAUUCUGAUGUCAUGGCAAGCAAUGCUAUGGACCAAGUGGUGGAAAAUGUGAUUACAUGUUUGUUUGGCUGUUUUCGCUGAGCGUGGAUACGAUAGGCUGAAAGAUAUCUUUCUGUGCUGUAGGUACAUAUGGCUCUUGUUAGAGAGACAGGGUGGUAUUUGUUCUGAACGGAGACUGAGGAAAUUUUUAAAUCACUGAGCCCUUGUUUCCAGUCCUGCGGAGAACACUUAUCUCUCUGCGAACUUGUCAGGGUCCUGGAGUUGUUCAGUAGUCCUAGAAAAUAAAAGAGAACGAAAAGGUAUGUGAUGAACCACGGACUGCAAAGGAAAUUGGAAUAUUAAUAUAGAGUGAAAACAUAAGAAUGGGAUAUUGCAAGAAAACCUUUGCAGGAGCAGCAGUAAGAAUUCUUUGCACUGUGAAAAGAGGACAAUACACCCGGAAAUAUGGUGUGGGGAACAUGACACACCAGACAACAGUAAGCGUGAAGAAAAAAGAUUCCAAAACUGGAUUUAGAUUUUUAACUUUCCUGCAGACAGGUCAUGCCUGAUUCAGUAGCUGUGAUGGUUAUGUGUGGAGGGUGGGAGACUGCAGGUGUGUCGUUGAACUGGGACGAUAUACCAUGGAAACUGCAGAAUUACAGAGGAUGGUUGACAGGAUCCCAUUAUAUACAAGUGAUGGUGAGGUGUGUUUGAAUAAUUCCAGAUACACAUUGUGAGAACAAGAGGGCUAAAUAUGUUGUACCUGCUGCUGAGGGAUGGAAUGUCGUGUGAGAGCCCCUGAUUUUACGAUUUUAUUAUUUUGUUCAGUUUUAAGUUACAAAUUUUAAAUGACUCAUGGGCUGUGGGCAGCUCAUGUCAAGUGUGGGAUUUAAUAAAAAAAACACCAGAGAGGCUUCGUUUGUUUUUGAGCUCAGGCCUGGAGUCGAACUGCAUGCUGCAGUUGAACGUUUGAGAGAUCCUUUCAAUAGACCGAUAACAGUGGGAAUGAGGCUGUUCCGAAUCCCAUAUGUCUGUGUAUUCAAACUUUAUACUUCAUAUCCAACAGAAGGUGGGGAAUUUUGGUAAAGACGGUAAAACAUGUGUGGGAGGAGUUUGAUUAUAUUUGUUGAUUUCAAGAGGCAGCAGAAAGUCUUGAUGGAGCCAAUGGAUGGAAGGCCGGAUUGUGUGAUGGACUGGGCUGUGUUCACAAUUCUCUGUCGUUUGUGGCUGUGGGAAGAGCAGUUCCUGCACCAAGCUGUGAUGCGCCCAAAUGGGAUGUGUUAUCUGGUGC